UCUCCAGGAAUGAUCACGCGGAUUUAACGCCUUAACUGUCGGUGGACCCUCCAGCCCCAAUGGCACAUUCGUAAAUAAUUCCAAAAGUAGUGGAUCCCAUAGUCACAUUGAACUUUUUCCCUACUUCUUCUGCUGCUAUAUAUGUAUGGAGCUCUGUACACUGUUUUCAAGUUCAUCAAUAUUCAAUGCAAAUAAAAACUGUCGGCAGAACUAGUUAGCUAUAUUACCUGCAUUUUUCUAGCUACUUUUUCUUUCACUUUUCUUUUCAACUUAAUUUGCUCCGUCCAAGGCUGAACAAGAGGUGGCGCCGCCAGUUGACAAAAUGCAGCGCUGCCGUGGAUUCAUUGGGAAUGGUACAUUAUGUUGUCUAGUGUUGUUGGUGUGUUUAAAGGUGUCUGGUGAGAUCCCAGUGCCGCGCAAGGUUUCUGACCUACAUUGGCAUCCUGCCACUGCCACUUGGUACGGCAGUCCUGACGGUGAUGGUAGCGACGGGGGAGCAUGUGGGUACGGGUCAUUAGUUGACGUUAAGCCGCUGAGGGCCAGAGUGGGAGCGGUGAGCCCAGUACUGUUCAAGAACGGGGAAGGGUGUGGGGCAUGCUUCAAAGUUAGGUGCCUAGACAAGAGCAUAUGCUCUAGGAGGGCCGUGACCAUCAUUGUAACUGACGAGUGCCCCGGAGGGUACUGCGCCAAUGGGCGCACCCACUUCGACCUAAGUGGUGCAGCCUUUGGCCGCAUGGCUAUAAACGGUGAGAGUGCACAGCUCAGGAACCGAGGCGAACUCCCGGUGGUUUAUAGAAGGACCCCAUGUAAAUAUCCUGGGAAGAACAUUGCUUUCCAUGUUAAUGAAGGUUCAACUGAUUAUUGGCUAUCUCUUCUGGUGGAGUUUGAGGAUGGAGACGGAGAUGUUGGGUCAAUGCAUAUAAGAGAAGUACGUUCUAGUGAGUGGCUAGAGAUGAAUCAUCUAUGGGGAGCAAAUUGGUGUAUUAUUAGGGGACCCUUGAAAGGACCAUUCUCAGUGAAACUAACAACACUAUCAACAGGAAGAACACUCUCUGCAAGGGAUGUCAUUCCAAGAAAUUGGUCGCCAAAAGCAACUUACACCUCUCGCCUUAACUUCUUCUAAAUGUGAAAGUAACAACUGGUCCACGACAAAGAGGGAACUAAGCCCCUUCUUUUUAUGUCAAAAGGCUCCCUUGCU